AUGCAGCUGGUCGACAACGACAUUUUCUUGACACAGUUGGCUGCGCUGUUUGAAUCGUCGAAGGAACGCGGGUCGAUAUGGCUCACACAUAAGCGACUGACUCACGAUGGCGAGGAUGUAUCUAUGGAGCAUAUAGAUGGGGAUAAGGAGUUGCCCACUCUGAUCAGGGUAACGGAUGGGAAGAAGACAAAGUUCUCCACACGAGUCGAACCGGGUCAUCUGGACCGAUUUCACAGCGCAUACGGCGCUCUCCUGAAAGCAUCCAUGACAACUCUCAGAAAGCGCGACAAGAAGCGAGAAAAGCAGCGCGCCGAGCAGCACGCCAUCCGCAAGAAGCGUCUCGCUGAGCCGAUCGACGCCGAGGGGCCGAAGAGAGGAUCUGGGAGAAAGAAAAGGCAGCGGCGGGUCAAGGCAGCGAUCAAGCAGCAGGAAGCUAAGCAGAAGAUGGCGGAGAGGGAGGAAGCUCACGCCAAGGGGAAAGAAACAUAG